AUGUGUUGGCAGUGCCUGGUCGGUGCUUCUCCAGCCUGUUGUAGUGGAGUAUGUGCAGAUUUGACCUCCGACGUCAAUAAUUGUGGAGCGUGUGAUUCAACGCCGGUAUGUCUUAUACCCAAGGCCCUGGAUGUAUGGGGGACUGAUGACUGGUCUGACAAUUAUCUUCAGUGCAAUGGAGUCAGACCUGCUUGCUGCUCGAGCUCGUGUACCGAUCUCAACAACAACCUCAAUAACUGUGGUAGUUGCAACAAGACUUGCACCGGAAGCUCUGCAGCUUGCUGUGGAGGAACUUGCAGAGAUCUAAGCAGUGAUCCCUUAAACUGUGGUGCCUGCGGUGCCCUUCCCUGUCUUGGACUGAGACCCGGUUGUUGCUCUGGAAGAUGCACUGAUCUCGCCACUAGCAUCACCAGCUGUGGAGCCUGCGGACAAGGUUGCACAGGGGUCAGGCCAGCAUGCUGCAGUGGAACUUGCUCCGAUCUAGACUCUGAUCCAAACCACUGUGGUGCAUGUCUCGGCUUACCAUGCGUCGGAAUACGACCAGGCUGCUGCUCUGGAUCAUGCACCGACCUCGCAGUCAGUACCUCGAACUGCGGAACCUGCAAUAACAUAUGCCAAGGAGCCAGCCCAACCUGCUGUUCAGGCACCUGCGCAAAUACCCUCACAGACCCAAACAACUGCGCACUCUGCGGCAGAAAAUGCACAGGGCUAACCCCAGCCUGCUGCACAGGUAUUUGCACAGAUCUAAGCGCAGACAUCCUCCACUGCGGCUCCUGCACCGCAGCACCAUGUCUCGGCCUCGGCGCAGCCUGCUGCAACGGAGCCUGCGCCAACAUCCUCACAGACCCCAACCACUGCGGCGGCUGCACCAGCCAAUGCCACGGCAAAGUACCAGCAUGCUGUAACGGCAUAUGCACAGAUCUCAGCACAGACAUAGCCCACUGCGGCUCCUGCACAAGUCUCCCAUGUCUAGGUCUGAAUCCAUCAUGCUGCAACGGCGCCUGCACAGAUCUCUCGACAAGUGUGAACAACUGCGGUGCUUGUGGUGCGCCGUGCGUCGGCGUUAAUCCGGCGUGUUGUCAGGGCACGUGCGUGGACUUGAAUUCGGACGCUAAUCACUGCGGAUCAUGUCUGGCCCUAGCAUGCACGGGAGUUCAGCCUGGAUGUUGUGAUGGUAGAUGCACGGAUUUGGCAUCGAGUGUGCAGCAUUGUGGUUCUUGUAAUUCGGGCCCUUGUACGGGGGUGUUGCCGGCUUGUUGUAGUGGGACGUGUUCGGAUUUGACGAAUGAUGUCAAUCAUUGUGGAUCGUGUAACAAGGCUGUAUGGACCUGUUUUUCUAUUGAUCUGAGUCGGUUCCUGGAUGAUGCUAAUUUGCUUUGA